UACCCCACCCCAACCCCCAAUUAUCGAAACAAUGAAUGUGCUCAAAACUUGUGGAGAAAAUUACCAUCAAUUAUUAGUACCUCCAUUGAAUUCCAAAUAUAGAAAUGCAAAUGCUAAUUUUGCAGAAUCAUUAAAGUUUGCUCAUAAAAACAGAAGAAAGCAGGCGGUAGUGAGAGGAAGUAGUGGAGGGGAAAGACGUAGUUUCUUGACACUAGAAGAAGCUGGCCUUGUCGAAGUGUCUGGCCUCAGCACUCACGAACGUUUUCUAUGUCGAUUGACGAUUUCGUCACUGAAUUUAUUAAGAGUGAUAGCAGAGCAAGAAGGUUGUUCAAUUGAGGAAUUGAAUGCUGGUAGGAUAUGUGAUUGGUUCUUGAAAGAUAAGCUAAAGAGAGAACAGAAUUUGGAUUCUGCUGUCCUUCAAUGGGAUGAAUCCGACUUCCAGCUAUAAUUCCAGCCUCUGAAUAGUAGCUGACUCAGUUCUUCUCAUAUUGAAAGGAAUAAAUGAGGAAAAAUCAACAAAACAUCAACUUUUUCCUACUAAUACUCCAUAUCUUCUUUAUUUACUAGGCAUGCGACCUUUCUCGGGACCCUACAUAAAUACGGGAUAUUUUAGGUUUGGGAUGUCACUAAAAUCUAUCAUUAGAUAGAUUAAUUUUGUUGUUCGCUUCUGUUAUCUUAAUACCUUGUUGUUAUUGUUUGUUAAUUUCUUUUCACUAUCCAUUGAGCCGAGGAAAUAUCGAAAAUAGCUUCUCUA